GAGAGAGAGAGAAGGAGGCGGUUCAGUCUCUCUCUCUCUGUAGCUUAAAGUGAAACGGGGGCGAAAACCCGAUGAGGGUGAAGAAAACACUUCUGCAUGUGUGGAUUAACGGUGGGAACAUUUUUGCUUCGUGUAGAAAAACUGCGAGAGGUCCGACGGCGCCAGACCUCAAACCUUAACGAGAAACGUUACCAUUUUGGAGAUACGAGGUUUUCUUCCGACAGCAGCGAACGUUAGCCUCAUAGCUCCAGCGCAAACCAAAAAGAGGCAGAAUUUCGACGCCUGAAGUGUCUUGGCUGAUCGGCUGACCUGGAGUCGUUGACUGUCAGAACUCAGUACUCCAGAAUGGACAGCGUGUGCGUCCCAGCUAUGCCCACAUCCUGUGUUUAGAGGAAGUUGUGUAAUCAGCAUGUCCUCUCACCCGCAGUCGGUGCCACAGAGCCGCAGGGCUGUGGACGCUCGCCACCUGCCAAACCCCGCCGGCCUCCCCAUGCAGCUGGCCCGCGCGCACACGGAUGUUGGCAUGGUGGACUUCCACCCGCGGGACUACACUUCCCACCUGGCCCAUGGAGCCCUGGCCCAGCCCCACCGCCGCAGACCGUCGUUGCUAUCAGAGUUCCAGCCCGGGAGCGAGAGAGCCCAAGAGCCUCACAUCCGAUAUGAGCACAUUUACCUGCAGGAGCCCAACAGCCAGUCCGAUGUGGAGUACUCCGAGAUUAAACGCCCUCGCCUGGAAAUAGGGGCGGAGACAAUGAUGCGUCAUCAGUCUCACCGCCCGCCUCUUUCGCUGGGCGCAGCUGAAGACAUAGCUAAGGACCGCGGCAGCAGCAGCUCGAUGGGGAAGAUCGAGCCGAUCUCUCCGGUCAGCCCGGCGACCGUGGACCCCGACCUGGACCUGGUGCCCACACGCUUCUCCAAGGAGGAGCUCAUCCAGAACAUGGACCGUGUGGACCGGGAGAUCACCAUGGUGGAGCAGCAGAUCUGCAAACUAAGGAAGAAACAGCAACAGCUGGAGGAAGAGGCAGCGAAGCCGCAAGAGCCGGAGCGAAGUAUUUCUCCUCCGCCGAGUGAGGCCAAACACCGCAGCCUUGUGCAGAUCAUCUAUGACGAGAACAGGAAAAAAGCGGAGGAGGCGCACCGCAUCCUGGAAGGACUCGGACCCCGAGUGGAGCUGCCUCUCUAUAACCAGCCGUCAGAUACGAAGCAGUACCAUGAGAACAUCAAAAUAAACCAGGUGAUGAGGAAGAAGCUCAUUCUGUACUUCAAGAGGAGAAAUCAUGCUCGCAAACAAUGGGAGCAGAAGUUUUGUCAGCGCUAUGAUCAGCUGAUGGAAGCGUGGGAGAAGAAGGUGGAGCGUAUAGAGAACAACCCUCGCCGCAGAGCCAAAGAGAGCAAGGUCCGAGAAUACUACGAGAAACAGUUCCCCGAGAUCCGCAAGCAGAGGGAGCUCCAGGAGCGCAUGCAGAACCGGGUGGGCCAGCGAGGAAGUUUGGCUUCUGCAGCUCGAAGUGAACAUGAAGUGUCUGAGAUAAUAGAUGGCAUUUCAGAGCAAGAGAACUCAGAGAAGCAAAUGCGUCAGCUGGCGGUGAUUCCUCCGAUGCUGUUUGAUGCGGAGCAGCAGAGGAUAAAGUUCAUUAAUAUGAACGGUCUGAUGGACGACCCAAUGAAGAUCUACAAAGACAGACAGGUCAUGAACAUGUGGAGCGACCAGGAGAAGGACACUUUCCGGGAGAAAUUUAUCCAGCACCCAAAGAACUUUGGCCUGAUUGCCUCGUUUCUGGAGAGAAAGACUGUAGCCGAGUGUGUCCUCUUCUACUACCUGACAAAGAAGAACGAGAACUACAAGAACAUUGUCCGCAGGAGCUACCGCCGCAGAGGCCGCAGCCAGCAUAACCAGCAGCAGCAGCAGCAGCAGCAGCAGCAACAACAACAGGUGAAUCGCAACCACCAGGAGGAGAAGGAGGACAAGGAGAAAGAGAAGGAGGUAGAAAGAGACGAGGACAAAACAGAGGGAGACGAGAAAGACGAUGGAAUGAAAGAUGACACGUCCGGAGAGGAUGGUGAAGAUAAAGAGCCGCCGGUAGCCGUUAAAGGACGCCGCACGGCCAACAGCCGCGGACACCGCAAAGGCAGGAUCACCCGCUCUAUGGCCAAUGAGCAGGAGGAGACCAGCUCACCUCCACUCAGCAAUGAACUGGCAAAUCUGGAGAUGAAUGAAAGCUCCCGCUGGACAGAAGAGGAGAUGGAGACGGCCAAGAAAGGACUCCUCCAGUAUGGCCGCAACUGGUCCUCCAUCGCCAAGAUGGUGGGCUCCAAAACCGUGUCCCAGUGCAAGAAUUUCUACUUCAACUACAAGAAGAGGCAAAAACUGGACGAGAUCCUGCAGCAGCAUAAAAUGAAAUCGGAGCAGGAGCGAAAGGCCAGGCGUAAAGGAAAAGCUCAGCAGAGUGAAGAGACCACCGCUCCAUCUGCUGCUGAUGAAGAAGAGAUGGAGGGAUCUGGAGUCAGUGGCAAUGAAGAAGAGGCUCAGGAGGAUGGAGAAGGAGGCCCCAACAACAGCUCGGACACGGAGAGCCUGCCCUCCCCUCGCUCCUCAGAGGACAGCAAGGUGAAGGAGGAGAACACGUCCCGCUCCAAACCUACCUCCAGCGCCCCUCCGUCAUCAUCGUCAUCCUCCUCAGAGAAGGAGGCAGUGGCUCCAGAGCAGCAGGACGAGAAACCCCCAAUCAAGAUGGAGCAGGGCGGGGUGAAGGAGGAGGCGCAGGCGGAGGGAGGAGAGGGAACGAGGGAGGUACAGGGAGAGAUGGAGGACAAGAAGCCCCCCACGCUGGAGCCGGAAGAAGGAAAGAGAGAGGGAAGGAAGAGGGAGCAUGGAGGGAAGAGUGCAGGGCAGGACAGCGAUUCCAGCGCCACCUGCAGCGCUGAUGAGGUGGAGGAGCCGGAAAACGUAGAGAAGAACAGAAUGACGUCUCCUAGACCCAGUCUGCUGAGUUAUGCCCAUGAUGGAGUGAUCUCCACUGCACUGCAGAAACCACUGGACCUCAAACAGCUCAAACAGAGAGCGGCUGCCAUACCUCCAAUAAUGCCUGAAGUUUCCUCAGCAGGUGGUGGCGUACUGGGGAAGCAGCAGGCUCUUCCUGACGCUCUGGCGCUUUACGAGCAGCAGAUCACUAUGGCUCACGAGUCCUCACAGGAGGCCAAGCAGCAGCAGCAGCCAAUCAAAUCACAGCAUUACCCCGGCGGUGGCGGUGAGGCCAGCAGCCCGCGGGUCCGGGCCAGAAGCCCCACUCCAUCUGAACGAGAGAAAGAGGAGCUGGCGGGGAAGGAAAGAUGGCUACAGACUCUACUGCAUGGAUUAUAUAAGCCCCGGGCAUUCUCUCCCCUUGCUGACGUUAAGAAGACUCCGGAAGACCUCAGAGCCAUGGGCUUGGCCCGACCCGUGAUAUCACCAUUCCAGCUGUCUCCUAGAGACAUGGCCAAACUGAGCCACGAACAGCUCCUUCACUACUCCACUCUCCAGCAGCAGGAGAGGUUGAGCGCUGUGCGGCCCCUCCACAUCCCUGAUCCUCCUCCCCUCAUCUCCUCAGCCAAACCUGGCGGCUCCAUCACCCAGGGUACUCCAGUACAGAUGCACAGUCCAGCCCACAGCUCAGAGCACACAAAGCUGUCUGCCCCAGGAUCUCUGCCUCUGCCCUGGAUGGAGCCCAGGAAGAUAGGUGGGUUGCCCAUGGUGAAGCAGGAGCAGCUCUCUCCUCGUGGUCCCUCCUCUUCCUCCUCUCAGGCUGAGAAUCUCUCCAGCGCGGCUGCUGCCCACGACAGUCUCACUGCUCGAGGACCCAUGCCAGCUGUCCAGGGAGGUAGCAUCACUAAAGGCCUCCCAGGCACACGUGUGCACCAAGAACCGCCCAUAUCGUACCGUGGUGGUUCCAUCACUCAGGGCACCCCAGCAGACGUGCUGUAUAAGGGCACCAUCACUCGGCUGAUCACUGAGGACAGCCCCAGCAGGGACAGAGCCAGAGAGGAAAACCCAGCCAAGGGACAUGUUGUGUAUGAGGGCAUCAGUGGACACAUUCUCUCCUACGACCGGACUCCAAACCCUAAAGAGGAGGGUAGAGGGGAAGUGUUGGGACUCAAACGGCCAUAUGACGUCAUGGAAGGGGGCAUCUCUCGAGUGCUGCCGCUGCGGGACACCCUGUCUACUGCUGAGGGUUUGAUAGGCAGAGCAAUGCCUCAAGAGAGGGAGAGUCCUCAUCCUCAUCAUAUUCGUGGUUCCAUCUCACAGGGUAUUCCUCGUCACGUGGAGCCCCAGGAUGAGUAUUUGCGGAGAGAGGCUAAGCAGCUGAAGCGUGACUCGCCAUCCCCCCGUGGCCCAGCCCUCGGCUCUGACUCCCUUAAAGGCCGACCACACGAGAGCAUCGUGCCCACUGUUAAAGAAGGGGGCCGAUCCAUUCAUCUCAUACCACCCGAGGGCGUGAUGAUGAGCAAACCGCCCAAAGAGGGCUCCAUCACACAGGGUACUCCUCUCAAACAGGAGCCGGCGGGUUCCUCCAAGCGCCAUGACGUUCGCUCCAUCAUAGCCAGCUCCCCACGGCCUUACUCAGGGCUGCCCCCACACCUGGAUUUGCGGCCUGAGCACCGGGGGUCUGAGCGUGGACGCUACGAGGAUCCAGCACCCAAAUCCCGGCCCAGCGCGGUGGUCAGCACCUCCAGCUCUCUGGCCCGGGCCUCCCCGCUGUCCCUGGCGGGAGAGCAGGGAGGAAAAGCCCACCACAGUCCUGUGGGUUAUGAUGAGCACAAACGGUCCAGUUACACCUCAGCCUCACACAGAGGAUCACCUCUGUCCAGCAGAGACACGCCCCAGCGGCCACACGAAGGUUCUGCUAAAGUUCCUCAGCAGGAGAGGAAGUCAACACCCACUCCUCGUGAGGUGGGCUCCACUAAAUCUCCCCUGACCGGCGUGGCUGAACACCCUGCCUCUCUUGCCUCCUAUGAGCGGCUGCUGCAGGGUUUGGGAGCAGAUAUGUACCGCGGCCAGAUUCCCCUGCCCUUCGAUCCUGCCACCCUACCUCGGGGCAUCCCCAUAGACCCAGCUGCAUACUACCUGCCUCGGCACCUGGCCCCAGCCCCAGGUUACCCCCACCCUUACCCCCCUUACCUGAUCCGGGGCUUCCCUGACACAGCGGCUCUGGAGAACAGACACACACUCUUCACCGACUACAUUACCUCGCAGCAGAUGCACCAGUGGCCGGCAGCCGCCAUGGCUCAAAGACCAGACCUGCUGAGAGGACUGACACCACGAGACCAGCCACUCGCUUUACCGUACUCACCCACACCAAGAGGAGCAUCUGCAUCUCCAAUGGACCGGAUUACAUACAUCCCAGGAACCUCCACCACCUUCCCCAGCCGAGCGUACACCUCCUCCCCCAUCUCACCAGUUGGAAGCUCUCACAUAAGCAAACUCCAGGGCACCCCAACGUCAUCCGAGCGAGAGCGCGAACGAGAGAGAGAGCGAGAGAGAGACCGGGAGAGGGAGAGAGACCGCGAAAGAGACCGGGAGAGGGAGCGGGAGAGAGAGAGGGAACGAGAGCGGGAUAGAGAGAGAGAGAGGGAGAGGGAGAGAGAGCGAGAAAGGGAGAGAGAGCGAGAUCGAGACAGAGACAGAGAGAAGUCCCUGAGCCACGGCAAUGUGGAGCACGCCCCCAUAUGGAGACCAGGAGCAGCAGAGCAACCUGGCAGCAGCAGUUCCAGCUCGCGUCCUCCCUCCCUCCCCUACAGUCACCAGGCAUCCCCUCUGAGCCCCCGUCCGCAGGACAGCCUCCAGCAGAGGCCCAGCGUGCUGCACAACACCAGCUCCAAGAGCCUGUCCAGCUCAGAGCACUCCAGCUCCUCUGUACUGAGGUCUUUGCCACAGGGCUCCUCCCGCUAUCCGAGCUACAGCGGGCACCUGCAGAGGGUCAGUGUGUCUGAGGCUUACUCAGUAGGCCUGGACCCGGGCGGGGCGAAAGAGCCUGUCCGAGAGGGGUCCAAGAGCCAAGGGCGUGGAGCUCUAUCCAAGCACCAGGACCUCUCCUCGUCCUUGUCCUCCUCCAAGUCCGAGCCCAAGCUGGCGAGCCCCGGUGCGCCCGGGGUCUACUCCUACACCCCUGGCGCCCACAUAGGGCGAGGGCUCCCCCUGCUGGCUUCCGAGAGCAGUGCCGGCUCCAGCAGCAGCGCGCCAAGUAGGGAAAAGACUCAAAACAAAGCGAUGUCCAUUCAGGAACACGAACUUCGCGCACUCGGUAAGACCACCAUGACAGCGGCCAACUUCAUAAACGCGAUUAUCAUGCGUCAAAUUUCUUGUGAUACGGGGAUGCCAGAGGCUGGUGCUCUCGGGGCCAACGGCGCCUGUGAUGCUCAGCAGAAGGCUUUGGAACAGCACGGAUUAUACGGACCCCCAGAGGACAGACUGUCCCCUAGUCAGCAGCCCCCGUCUCCCGCUGUUAAAGGAUCCCAGAGGGUGGUAACCCUCGCCCAGCACAUCAGUGAGGUCAUAAAAAAGGACUACAUGCGUCAGUCUCAGCAGGGUCAGUCCGGAGGUCAGCAAGCACUGCAGCCUGUGUUUGGAUACCACAACUCCCCUGUGUUGGAUCUCACUCGGCCCCCCAGUGCCCCCCAGGCCCAGACACCUUCUGAGCCUGGUGCCAAUGCCCGGUACACCCCCGAGGGUCCUGCCAGUGAGAGAGACAGGAUGAGGGACAGAUCUCCUCUUCAGAGUAAGGUGUCUCCAGUGAGUCUAUCUGCUGAAUGCAUUGAGCCAGUGUCUCCAGCAGGGGGCAUGUCUGAGCCAGAGUCGCAGGGAGCUGCCUGCCCCACUGAACAAGCAGAACAGGGGUUGGGUUCUCGCUCUCCUGCCAGCAGCUCCCAGCCCCCAGCCUUCUUCAGCAAACUCACCGAGAGCAACUCUGCCAUCGUCAAGAGCAAGAAGGAGAUGAUCAAGAAGAUGGUGGUUGGCAGUGAGACUGAUUUCAAUUCUGGGCAGCCCGGGACAGAAAUCUUCAACAUGCCAGCCUCCACCACUGCAGCGCCGGUCAGUGUGCGCAGUCACCCAGCUCCAGACCCCAGUGGAAACACUAUUGGCCUGGAGGCCAUCAUCCGCAAAGCCCUGAUGGGUAAAUAUGAUGAGCAGGCAGAUGAGCGCUCCCCCUCUAGCUCCGUUAACCCGCUGAGUGCCGGGGUGACCCCUGCUGCUGCUGACCCUCGCGCUGAAGAGCCAUACUCACUGCCCGGUAAAUCAAAGGGCAGUGGGCGCUCCAACGGCCGUAAGACUAAGUCUCCCGGUCCCGGUCUGUCUGGAGGAGAGAGACCCUCCUCCGUGUCGUCCGUCCACUCAGAGGGAGACUGCAACCGCCGCACUCCACUCACUAAUAGAGUGUGGGAGGACCGACCCUCCUCUGCAGGCUCCACCCCAUUCCCCUGUAACCCGUUCACCAUGCAGAUGCGUCUGCCCAGUGGCAUGAUGCCCAGCCACUCCCCCUCGCCCACGCAGUCCGGAGCGAGCCAAAGGCCCUGGGAAGAAGAACCCAAACCGCUGCUGUGCUCUCAGUACGAGACGUUGUCCGACAGCGAGUGAGCUCAAACGCGUGGGCGUUUAAACAGGGACUGAGAUAAACACAUUCAUUUUUACUCGCUCGUGUAAACAGGGACGUUGAUAGACGCACAUACAUUCACACGUACAUAUUCUCACGCAUAGUGAAACACAGUCAUAGCCGUGCACACUUAACGAGAGCACAUACAGAUACGCCUACAUGCAAAUUAAUAUGCAUACUAUCACCUCUAAACGCUUUCAUUGAUCACACACACACAUGCAUACUCGCGUCCCUCGGUUCUUUUAAUACCUCUCCAAAACACAGACACGUACAUACUCCAAAUGGACCCCGUCACACAUGCAGUAAGUGAGCGUGGCUUAUUAAAGGAACGGUUUGAUGAAAAAUCUAAUCGGCACAGUAUUUGACAUUUGGUGUCCCAGUUCUGCUACUUUAGUUUGUCACUGGUGCUACAAGGCUGUGUAGCACACAAACUCUAGAAUCAAUAGACACCCAAAUCCUUUAAAUACAUCCUCAAACCUGCGCAAACCACAUUCAGGUCUUCAUUAAGGCUGCGCACCAGCGCGACACGAAAAGCAACAUGAAGAUGUGAAAUAUUUGGACAGUGUUUCCCACCACAUUCACCUCACUCACCUCGCAGUAAAGUGUUUCAUUUUUAUAGUUCAGAAGAAGUCAAACUGUGUCCUAAACCACAUCGGCAAGUCUGUGCGGCCUUAAUGAAGAACUGGAUGCAUUUAAAGAAAAGAUUUGGGUCGAUAUUGGCUUCUGUUGUUUACUGAUUGGUCAUCUGGGCUAAGUGGAAAAACUGUGAAUUCGAUUCUGCAGCAAACCAUUCCUUGAUGCUGCGCUGCUGCCGAAGUGUGUGUACGUUUUAAUGUAUUUCUAAGCGUGUUAGUGUGUACAGUAUGUUUGUGCACGCGCACACAGAUGUUAGCGUGCGUCAUCACUCCAAGAUCGCUCGUAGGACAAAUCACUUUUCUUUACUUCUCGUUGAAUUUCUCUUUUGUAGAUAACUGUCGUCUUUGUUGGCCUUAAUGUUUUUAUUUUUUGGACUCAUGGGCUCCCAUCGCGUUUUGCUCAUACGUUUCAGAGUGUUCUCCACCCGAAUGCUCAGGAUAUUACACUUCCAUACUGUAGUUCAAUGGCAACACACACUUUCAGCUUUGUUUUUUAUAUGCACACAGAGGCUGUACUUUACUACUGUGUGGUAAACGUCACAAACACAGACCUUUUCUCGUUCAUGUUCACGUUUUUCUCUCCUCAUGCAUGCGAACGCGCGCACACUCUUACACACUGUGGGGCAAAACUGCGGCUAUGCAUUUCUGUCUUAAAUCUCGGCUGCUGGUGGCGUCGCUUUGCACCCAUAUGGAGUCAGAGACUCUCGGAUUAGCCACUGCAACUUUACAGUAUGAGUAUGAGGCACAUUUUGAGGUACAGUGGACCUGAAUGGGUGUGUUUGCGUACGCGUUAAGCAUGAAUUCUUCAACAAGGAGAACAAAGGCAGCCUGUUUUCCUCAGUUACUCUUUUCUGAAGUAUGUAAGGACGAGCUCGUCCAACGUUCUAGAAACAGACGCUCAUGAAGUCGACUGUGGACAACAGUUUGUUUUUUAUUUUAAUUCAUUGUUUGCUAUUUUUC